GGGAGCAAACGGCGAGGGAGUCCGGCGCAGGCGCAGAGUGAGCCUUGGUUGCUGUCGCGGCGGCGGAUGGAGCCGCUGCAGAAUGGAGGCGAUGAAGCGGACGAUGAGGCGGCACCUACCGCCAGCCCGACGGAAGGCGGCCUCGGAGGCGCCCCCGCGGACCAGCGGUCGCGACGGGGCCUGAGUCCCGCGGUGCCGUGCGGGCGGCGGCGAAGCAAAGGCGGCGGGGCCGGUCGGGCGGAGGGCGCCGCUGCGGGCCGCGAAAGGGAGCGCCCCGGCCCCGCCCUGCGCAUGCGCCUCGACUCCCUGCGCAAGAGCCGCCCUCCCUUUCCUUGGUUUGGCUUGGAUAUCGGAGGGACGUUGGUCAAGCUUGUUUACUUUGAGCCAAAGGACAUUACUGCUGAAGAAGAGGAGGAGGAAGUAGAAAACCUGAAAAGUAUUCGGAAAUACAUGACCUCCAACACCGCCUAUGGAUCCACGGGCAUUCGGGACGUCCACCUUGAGCUAAAGGACCUUACGCUGUGUGGACGUAAAGGCAAUCUCCACUUUAUACGCUUUCCCACUCAUGACAUGCCUGCUUUUAUUCAAAUGAGCAGCGAAAAGCACUUCUCGAGCCUCCACACCACCUUAUGUGCCACGGGAGGCGGAGCGUAUAAAUUUGAGCAGGACUUUCGCACAGUGGGGGAUCUCCAGCUCUGCAAACUGGACGAACUGGACUGUCUGGUUCGAGGAAUCUUAUAUAUCGAUUCAGUCGGCUUCAACGGACACUCGGAGUGCUACUAUUUUGAGAACCCGACUGAUUCCGAAAAGUGUCAGAAGCUCCCUUUCAACCUGGAGAACCCCUACCCCCUCCUUUUGGUGAACAUCGGCUCCGGGGUCAGCAUCUUGGCUGUGUAUUCCAAAGACAACUACAAGCGAGUGACGGGGACUAGCCUUGGAGGAGGGACCUUUUUUGGCCUCUGCUGCCUUCUGACUGGCUGUUCCACCUUUGAAGAGGCUCUCGAGAUGGCAUCCCACGGGGACAGCACCAAAGUGGACAAACUAGUGCGAGAUAUUUACGGGGGUGACUACGAGAGGUUUGGGCUGCCAGGAUGGGCUGUAGCAUCCAGCUUUGGGAACAUGAUGAGCAAAGAAAAACGAGAGUCUGCCAGUAAGGAGGAUCUGGCAAGAGCUGCCUUGAUCACCAUAACCAAUAACAUUGGUUCCAUAGCCCGGAUGUGUGCACUGAAUGAGAACAUUAAUCGAGUGGUUUUCGUUGGCAACUUCCUCCGCAUCAACACCAUCUCCAUGAAGUUUCUGGCCUACGCUUUAGAUUACUGGUCCAAGGGGCAGCUGAAAGCUUUCUUCUUGGAACAUGAGGGUUACUUUGGAGCGGUUGGAGCUUUUUUGGAACUUUUGAAGUCAUCCUAAUUCAGAAUGUGGAUCCUGAACCCCGGUUUUGCUGGUGGUCUCUAAGCGAACGGGAACAUCUGUGUUUCAUUUUAUUUCCAAAAUGUCUGCCUGACAAAUAAGCGACCGUUGUUGUGCUUGAAGUCAUCAGUCAACGGGGAAAAGGACAACGUUUAAAAGACCAGUUGAAGUUAAGCCUGAGCAGUAGCUUUCCUGUGGCAAAUGUCUGUGCCCGCAUUUGGGACGAGCAAACAAAUUCUGUGGUUAGACAGUCUUAAACUGAGCAACUUUCAGUAUGUGGACUGUGAGGUCACUGAAAUGGUGUGCAGCUAGUUUGGAUCUGACACCAUCGACCCUAUUCUGUAGCUCUUAAGCACUUGUUUUUAUUUUCUCAAUUUUGUAUGGACUCUGAAGGGCAAUGUGAGUUUUUGCAAGACUGUUAAGAUGUGCAGAAUGUAAAAAUGCAGACGUCAGGUAUUAAAAUAUCUUUUUUAAAAGAA